UUCCGGACUAUGGGACGAGGCUGGGGUUUCCUCUUCCCCGUAGCGGCUGCCCGCAUCGACGCCGCCAUCAUGUCAGACACGGACAGCGAUGAAGAUUCCGCUGGAGGCGGCCCAUUUUCUUUAGCCGGUUUCCUUUUCGGCAACAUUAAUGGAGCCGGGCAGCUGGAGGGGGAAAGCGUCUUGGAUGAUGAGUGUAAGAAGCGCUUGGCAGGCUUGGGGGCUUUGGGUCUGGGCAGCCUGAUCACUGAACUCACAGCAAAUGAAGAAUUGAUUGGGACUGAUGGUGCCCUGGUAAAUGAUGAAGGAUGGAUCAGGAGUACAGAAGAUGCUGUGGACUAUUCAGACAUUAAUGAGGUAGCAGAAGAUGAAAGCCGAAGAUACCAGCAAACAAUGGGGACCUUGCAGCCCCUUUGCCAUGCAGAUUACGAUGAGGAUGACUAUGAUGCUGAUUGUGAAGACAUUGAUUGCAAGUUGAUGCCUCCUCCACCUCCACCCCCAGGACCAAUGAAGAAGGAUAAGGACCAGGAUGCUAUUACUGGUGUGUCUGAGGAUGGAGAAGGCAUCAUCUUGCCCUCCAUCAUUGCCCCUUCCUCUUUGGCCUCAGAGAAAGUGGACUUCAGUAGUUCCUCUGACUCAGAAUCUGAGAUGGGACCUCAGGAAGCAACACAGGCAGAAUCUGAGGAUGGAAAGCUGACCCUACCAUUGGCUGGGAUUAUGCAGCAUGAUGCCACCAAGCUGUUGCCGAGUGUCACAGAACUUUUCCCAGAAUUUCGUCCUGGGAAGGUGUUACGCUUCCUACGUCUUUUUGGACCAGGGAAGAAUGUCCCAUCUGUUUGGCGGAGUGCUCGGAGAAAGAGGAAGAAGAAGCACCGUGAACUAAUACAGGAAGAGCAGAUCCAGGAGGUGGAGUGCUCAGUAGAAUCAGAAGUCAACCAGAAAUCUUUGUGGAACUACGACUACGCUCCACCACCACCUCCAGAGCAGUGUCUCUCUGAUGAUGAAAUCACAAUGAUGGCUCCUGUGGAGUCCAAGUUUUCCCAGUCAACUGGAGAUACAGAUAAAGUGACAGACACCAAGCCAAGAGUGGCUGAGUGGCGUUAUGGUCCUGCUAGACUGUGGUAUGAUAUGCUGGGUGUUCCUGAAGAUGGCAGUGGGUUUGACUAUGGCUUCAAACUGAGAAAGAUGGAACUUGAACCUGUGAUGAAAUGUAGAAUGAUGGAGGACUUCAGGAAACUUGAGGAAAGCAGUGGCACUGAUCUUCUGGCUGAUGAAAACUUCCUGAUGGUGACACAGCUGCAUUGGGAGGAUGAUAUCAUCUGGGAUGGCGAGGAUGUCAAACACAAAGGGACAAAACCACAGCGUGCAAGCUUGGCAGGCUGGCUUCCUUCCAGCAUGACUAGGAAUGCCAUGGCUUACAAUGUUCAACAAGGUUUUGCAGCAACCCUGGAUGAUGACAAACCUUGGUACUCCAUUUUUCCCAUUGACAAUGAGGAGCUAGUAUAUGGACGCUGGGAGGACAAUAUCAUUUGGGAUGCUCAGGCCAUGCCCCGGCUCUUGGAGCCUCCUGUUUUGACACUUGAUCCCAAUGAUGAGAACCUCAUUUUGGAAAUUCCAGAUGAAAAGGAAGAGGCUACUUCUAACUCCCCCUCCAAGGAGAGUAAGAAGGAAUCAUCUCUGAAGAAGAGUCGAAUUCUGUUAGGGAAAACAGGAGUCAUCAAGGAGGAACCACAGCAGAACAUGUCUCAGCCAGAAGUGAAAGAUCCAUGGAAUCUCUCCAAUGAUGAAUAUUACUACCCUAAGCAACAGGGUCUUCGAGGCACCUUUGGAGGAAAUAUUAUUCAGCACUCAAUUCCUGCUGUGGAAUUGCGGCAGCCCUUCUUUCCCACCCACAUGGGGCCCAUUAAACUACGGCAGUUCCAUCGCCCACCUCUAAAGAAGUACUCCUUUGGGGCACUAUCUCAGCCAGGUCCCCACUCAGUCCAGCCCUUGCUAAAGCACAUCAAAAAGAAGGCUAAGAUGAGAGAACAAGAGAGGCAAGCUUCAGGUGGUGGAGAGAUGUUUUUCAUGCGCACACCUCAGGACCUCACAGGCAAAGAUGGAGAUCUUAUUCUUGCAGAAUAUAGUGAGGAAAAUGGACCAUUAAUGAUGCAGGUUGGCAUGGCAACCAAGAUUAAAAACUACUAUAAGCGGAAACCCGGAAAAGAUCCCGGAGCCCCAGAUUGUAAAUAUGGAGAAACUGUUUACUGCCAUACAUCUCCUUUUCUAGGCUCACUCCAUCCUGGACAAUUACUGCAGGCAUUUGAGAACAAUCUUUUUCGUGCUCCAAUUUAUCUUCAUAAGAUGCCAGAAAGUGACUUCCUUAUCAUUCGCACAAGACAAGGUUACUAUAUUCGGGAAUUAGUGGAUAUUUUUGUGGUUGGACAGCAGUGCCCCUUGUUUGAAGUUCCUGGGCCCAACUCCAAAAGGGCCAAUACACAUAUUCGAGACUUUCUCCAGGUGUUUAUUUACCGCCUGUUCUGGAAGAGUAAAGAUCGGCCACGGCGGAUCCGAAUGGAAGAUAUAAAAAAAGCCUUUCCUUCCCAUUCAGAAAGCAGCAUCCGGAAGAGGCUAAAGCUCUGCGCUGACUUCAAACGCACAGGCAUGGACUCAAACUGGUGGGUGCUGAAGUCUGAUUUUCGUUUACCAACUGAGGAGGAGAUCAGGGCUAUGGUGUCUCCAGAGCAGUGCUGCGCUUAUUAUAGUAUGAUAGCAGCAGAGCAGCGGCUGAAGGAUGCUGGCUAUGGUGAGAAGUCCUUUUUUGCUCCAGAAGAGGAAAAUGAGGAAGAUUUCCAGAUGAAGAUUGAUGAUGAGGUUCGCACUGCUCCUUGGAACACCACAAGGGCCUUCAUUGCUGCCAUGAAGGGCAAGUGUCUCCUGGAGGUGACUGGGGUGGCAGAUCCCACAGGGUGUGGUGAAGGAUUCUCCUAUGUGAAGAUUCCAAACAAACCAACACAGCAGAAGGAUGAUAAGGAGCCUCAGCCAGUGAAGAAGACAGUGACAGGAACAGAUGCAGACCUCCGUCGCCUGUCACUGAAAAAUGCCAAGCAACUUCUACGUAAAUUUGGCGUGCCUGAGGAAGAGAUUAAAAAGUUGUCCCGCUGGGAAGUGAUCGAUGUAGUACGCACAAUGUCAACAGAACAGGCCCGCUCUGGAGAGGGGCCCAUGAGUAAAUUUGCCCGUGGAUCAAGGUUUUCUGUCGCUGAGCAUCAAGAGCGUUACAAAGAGGAAUGUCAGCGCAUCUUUGACCUGCAGAACAAGGUUUUGUCAUCAACUGAAAUCUUAUCAACUGACACAGAUAGCAGCUCAGCUGAAGACAGUGACUUUGAGGAGAUGGGAAAGAACAUCGAGAACAUGUUGCAGAAUAAGAAAACCAGCUCUCAGCUGUCACGUGAGCGGGAGGAGCAGGAGCGGAAGGAACUGCAGCGGAUGCUACUGGCAGCAGGCUCAGCAGCAUCAGGAAACAAUCACAGAGAUGAUGACACAGCUUCUGUGACUAGCCUUAACUCUUCUGCCACCGGCCGUUGUCUCAAGAUUUAUCGCACAUUUCGCGAUGAAGAGGGGAAAGAAUAUGUUCGCUGUGAGACCGUCCGAAAGCCAGCUGUCAUUGAUGCCUAUGUGCGUAUACGGACCACGAAAGAUGAGGAAUUCAUUCGCAAAUUUGCCCUUUUUGAUGAGCAGCAUCGAGAAGAGAUGCGAAAAGAACGGCGGAGGAUUCAAGAGCAACUGAGGCGGCUUAAGCGAAACCAGGAAAAGGAGAAGCUUAAGGGUCCUCCUGAGAAGAAGCCCAAAAAAAUGAAGGAGCGUCCUGACCUAAAACUGAAAUGUGGGGCUUGUGGUGCCAUUGGGCACAUGAGAACAAACAAAUUCUGCCCCCUUUAUUAUCAAACAAAUGCCCCACCUUCCAACCCUGUUGCCAUGACAGAGGAGCAGGAGGAAGAGUUGGAAAAGACAGUCAUUCAUAAUGAUAAUGAAGAACUUAUCAAGGUUGAAGGGACCAAGAUUGUCUUAGGGAAGCAACUAAUUGAGAGUGCAGAUGAGGUUCGCAGAAAAUCUCUGGUUCUCAAGUUCCCUAAGCAGCAACUUCCUCCCAAGAAGAAACGGCGAGUUGGAACCACUGUUCACUGUGACUAUUUAAAUAGACCUCAUAAGUCCAUUCACCGGCGCCGGACAGACCCCAUGGUGACAUUGUCAUCCAUUUUGGAGUCUAUCAUCAAUGACAUGAGAGAUCUUCCAAAUACGUACCCUUUCCACACUCCAGUCAAUGCAAAGGUUGUAAAGGACUACUACAAAAUUAUCACCCGACCAAUGGACUUACAAACGCUCCGUGAAAAUGUGCGUAAACGCCUCUACCCAUCUCGGGAAGAGUUCAGAGAGCAUUUGGAGCUAAUUGUGAAAAAUAGUGCAACCUACAAUGGACCGAAGCACUCAUUGACCCAGAUCUCUCAAUCCAUGCUGGAUCUCUGUGAUGAAAAACUUAAAGAGAAAGAAGACAAAUUGGCUCGUUUGGAGAAAGCUAUCAACCCCUUGCUGGAUGAUGAUGACCAAGUGGCAUUUUCUUUUAUUCUGGACAACAUUGUCACCCAGAAAAUGAUGGCAGUUCCAGAUUCUUGGCCAUUUCAUCACCCAGUUAAUAAGAAGUUUGUUCCAGAUUAUUACAAAGUGAUUGUCAGUCCAAUGGAUUUAGAGACCAUACGUAAGAAUAUCUCCAAGCACAAGUAUCAGAGUCGGGAGAGCUUUCUAGACGAUGUCAACCUUAUUCUGGCCAACAGUGUUAAAUACAAUGGGCCUGAAAGUCAGUAUACCAAGACUGCUCAGGAGAUUGUGAACGUCUGUUACCAGACAUUGACUGAGUAUGAUGAGCAUUUGACUCAACUUGAGAAGGAUAUUUGCACAGCUAAAGAAGCAGCUUUGGAGGAAGCAGAGUUAGAAAGCUUGGACCCAAUGACCCCAGGGCCUUACACACCUCAGCCUCCUGACUUGUAUGAUACCAACACAUCCCUCAGUAUGUCUCGAGAUGCCUCUGUAUUUCAAGAUGAGAGCAAUAUGUCUGUCCUGGAUAUUCCCACUGCCACUCCAGAAAAGCAGGUGACACAGAUGCGCCAGGGCCGAGGUAGGCUGGGCGAGGAAGACUCUGAUGUAGAUAUUGAAGGGUAUGAUGAUGAGGAGGAUGGGAAACCUAAGACUCCAGCCCCAGAAGGUGAAGAUGCAGAUGGUGAUCUUGCAGAUGAAGAGGAGGGAACUGUGCAACAGCCUCAAGCCAGUGUCCUGUAUGAGGAUUUGCUUAUGUCUGAAGGAGAAGAUGAUGAGGAAGAUGCUGGGAGUGAUGAAGAAGGAGAUAACCCUUUCUCUGCUAUCCAGCUGAGUGAAAGUGGAAGUGACUCUGAUGUGGGAUCUGGUGGGAUAAGACCCAAACAGCCCCGCAUGCUUCAGGAGAACACAAGGAUGGGCAUGGAAAAUGAAGAAAGCAUGAUGUCCUAUGAGGGAGACGGUGGGGAGGCUUCUCAUGGUUUGGAGGAUAGCAACAUCAGUUAUGGGAGCUAUGAGGAGCCUGAUCCCAAGUCGAACACCCAAGACACAAGCUUCAGCAGCAUCGGUGGGUAUGAGGUAUCAGAGGAGGAAGAAGAUGAGGAGGAGGAAGAGCAGCGCUCUGGGCCGAGCGUACUAAGCCAGGUCCACCUGUCAGAGGACGAGGAGGACAGUGAGGAUUUCCACUCCAUUGCUGGGGACAGUGACUUGGACUCUGAUGAAUGAGGCUUCCUUUGGGCCUCCUUGGUCAGCCUUCCCUGUUCUCCAGCCUAGGUGGUUCACCUUUCCCCCAUUUGUUUAUAUUUGUACAGUGUCUGAUCUUGAAAUCACCAGAUUAACUAGUACCGUAGCCUUUAAAAAUUAGUAAGUAAGGGCUUCCCUGGUGGCACAGUGGUUGAGAGUCUGCCUGCCAAUGCAGGGGACACAGGUUCAUGCCCUGGUCCGGGAAGAUCCCACAUGCCGCAGAGCGGCUGGGCCCGUGAGCCAUGGCCGCUGAGCCUGCAUGUCUGGAGCCUGUGCUCCGCAACGGGAGAGACCACAACAGUCAGAGGCCCGCGUACCACAAAAAAAAAAAAAAAAAAAAAAAAAAAAAAAUUUAGUAAGUAAGUAACUGAUAAAAAAUCACCUCUCCUGAUCUUCCUGGGGGCAGUGCCACCCUUUGAUUUAAAACCAAGCAGCCCCCUUCCCCCUACCACUAACAGAGAGUAAUCUUCUCCAGUGUCCCCUUUAACUCCAUUUAUUGCUCUUAGUAUCAUUCUUUCCUGGGGAAAGAAGAGAAAUCAUGAAAUAACCAAUAACUUUAUGUCCUCUUGAUGUAGUAGAAAAUUUCCAAGCAUGGUAUCAUCUCAGUUUUCUAAUUUGCAGGCUGGAACAGGGGACAGCCCCUCUGCUGGGACAGAGAAUUGGAUUCUGGUGGACUCUAUGCCACACUAAAAACAUAAACCUCUUGGACAAACUGAACUGCCCAUUAUUUUAUUAUUUAUUUGAUUAUACAAUGCCUUGUUCCUAAAUGGAUUGGAGGCAAAUAACUAAAUGUUUGAAACAGCCUAUAUGUCAGAAAUGAUAUGUUGCCAUGUAAAUGUGUUCUGUCCCUCCCCCCCAGGGGAAAUGGUAGGGAAAUGGUAAGUUCCUUAGGGCAAAGACUGUGUCUUCUGUUUCUUUUCAUGCUUAGGAUAUGGUUCUGUGCAGAGUAGGUACUCAGUAAAUGUUCCUAGAAUCAUAAAAUCCUCAACAGAUUCAUUACUGAGCGUCUGCUCCAUGGUAAGCGUUCCAUCAAAACCUUGGGAUGCAAAAUGAAAUAAGACGCAUUCCUUUCACUGAACAAUAUCACCAUCAAGUUGGGGGAGGGGGGGUGGAAUUCAAGACGAUAAUAAAUCAUUACAGUACUGUGAGAUAAGUGCAAUUAAGAAGCUAGAUAUAAAGUAUAGGGGAAAAAAGAAGAGUGAUCAUGUCUGAAAAAGUCAGGGAAGUCUUCCUAGAGGUAAUUUUUAAGCUGAUUGUUGAAGAAUUAAUUAGUAGGAGCUUGCCAGAUGGAAAAGUGCAGGCAGAGUGUAACAUGAAGUGAAGAGGACAAACUCCAGAAAUGGCAGAGUGUGUUCCUAGUUUGUUUGUUUGUUUGUUUGUACCAGCCUUGUUCCAGAAAGGAUUUAAGGUGGUUUAUGUUCCAGUCCCUCGAAUGCUGGAAUGGCUAGAGAUGAGACUGAAAGAUGGAUAGGAAGCAUAUCGUCAAGAGCUUUGAUUUUGAUGCUAAUGCAUAUGAAUUCAUAUUAUGAGAAAUGAGGCGCUCUAGUGGAGUGAUAUAAUCAGAUUUGUGUUUUAGGAAUUUUCUGUAUAUUAAAUGAGGAAAAAUUGAACAAUCAUGUAACAAGUGUGAUACCGUUUUUGUAAAUGACAAAACCCAUGUGUGUGUAUUUAUAUGUGCUUAUAUGUAUAUGCAAAGGAAAAGGUCUGAAAGGAUAUACACAAAACUGUUUGCAGUGAUAACCUCUGGGGAGUGGGAUUGGAGGGGAGGAGGAUUGGAGGGGAGGGGGCUAUAUGCUUGUGUGUAUACUGGGUGGGGUAUUGUGCUUUUAUUUCUGUAUUUGAAUUUUUUACAAGAAUGUAUGAUUUUUGGAAUAAAAAAUUAAAAAAAUUCCAGCACUAGUGCGGAGAGUGGUUUGGAGAGGGGCAAAUCUAGUUCAAGUAUGGGGUAGUGGAGCCUGAACCAGGGCUGUGGCAUUAAGAUGGGGAGGAGGGGGAUGAAUUUGAGAGCUGUUUAGGGGAUAGAAUCAACAGGACUUGAUGACCAAUUGGCAUUUGGGAGUGGAGAAGGAAGAAUGAAAGGUGGCUUCCAGAAUUUUGGUUUAGCUUGAUUGGAUGGGUACAUGGUAUUCAUUCAUUCAGCAUUUAUCGAGCCACCUAUUUUUAUCAAGUAGUCUGCUAGAUGCUGAUACAGACGUUAAGAUACAGUUUCUGAUGGCAGGGCACUUAAGGUCUAGAAUGAGUGGUAGACACAUAAAUAUAAAUAAGUUUAAUAAGAAAUGAUCAUUGCAAUAAAUAUUUAUAAAGUUUCAUGGUGAUAAGGAGUUACCAACUCUGCUUAUGAAGUGAGGAUAAGAAGCCUUCGUAGAGGGGAACCCUUCAGAUCAUGAAGAGUAGGGAGGAGUUUGCCGGGGUCAGUGCGGGGGAAGUAUUCUAGGCAGAGGGAACAGAAUGCUUAGGGGCAUGAAAGUACAUGGUCUGUUCAUGGAACAACAAGUAGUUCUGGAUGGAUGGAAUAUAGGAAACAUACGUAGUGUAGUGAUUAUUUACAAGGCUCAGGUUCAAAUGCUCAUCUUAGAUCACUGGCACAGUGUGGAAAAUGGAUGGGCUGGGGAGGGCUGAUGCCAGAUGAGAGAUGAUGGAGACUUAAAACUGGCUGAGGCAUUGGCAGUAGGCGUGAAAUGAGAGGUACCUCUUGGUGACUGAUUGGAUAAUGGAAAGUAAAAAAAAAAAAAAAGUGGAAUCUAGGUUUCUGACUUAGGUGAUUGGGUAAAUGGUGAUGGCCAUUCACUGAACAGAUUGAGGGUGGAAGGUAGGAGAAAUAGCUAAGUUCGGUUGGGAGCAUGUGUGUUUAAACUAUGAUAGGUAGAAAGCUUAGGAUUUGUGCAAACUUGGGAGUAGGUGAGAUCACACAGGAGGCCUGUGUAGAGUCAGAAGAGUAUGGAGGGCAGAAUGCUGGUAUAGACCAAUUUUUAGGGGUGGUCAGAAAUAGGAGAACUUGAAGAAUGAUAUUUCUUAAACCAAGGAAGGAGGUUUAAAGGAAAAAAGAAAAAGACUUAGCAUCUAUACCACAGAGAAGUAAAAUAAAGCCUGAGAGCUUUGGGCUUUGGCAACUAGGAGGUCCCUGGUGACCUUAGCUAGCAAGAGAGUGAGAUUAGAAGCCAGCCAGCAGGAGGUUGAGGGACAGAUGGAAGAUGAGGAAGUGACAAGAGAGAUCAUAGACUACCCCUUCAAGAAGCUAGGCUGAAAAAAAAUAAAAAAUAAAAAAGAAGCUAGGCUGUGAGGAAUAAAAGAGGGGGAGAGUCUUAAGAUGGAAGAAAAACAGGGACUUCCCUGCCUGUCCAGUGGUUAAGACUCUGCACUUCCACUGCAGGGGCCGCAGGUUUGAUUCCUGGUCAGGGAAUUAAGAUCCUGCAUGCGGAGCCUGCGAAGCGCAGCCAAAAUUUAAAAAAAAAAAAAAGGAAGAUAAAUAAGUAUGCUUGCGUAGGCUUAAGGGAGAAAGCAAUAGAGAAGGAGGGGUUGGAAAAAAGCAAGAGAAGAUAAUUGUUGGAAAGACCUCUGUGAAAACAGGAAGGAAUGUUAGCAUAGAUAGCAUUUCCUCCUAUAGGAGAAGAGAUUCCCCCCCCCAGACAAAGGAAGGAAGGAGUUGGAGUUACAGAUCAGCCUAUAGAUGAGGGAGGUAGAAAGUUGGAGGAAUUCACACUUCAUAGCUUCAGUUUCCUCUGUGGAAUAGGUAAAAUCAUCCUUGUGAGAAAAGUGAAAAUGGGAUGGGAGCUCGAAUAAAAGUGUUGAACUGCUGAGAGAGAGAAUGAAAAACCGAAAACCUGCUAAAUGUCCCAUUAGUAGCAGAGAGGUUGAAUUGCGGUACGUCCAGUCAAAAAAUAUGCAACUGUUGAAGAAGAAUGAGGAAAAUCUACAUGUGCUAAUAGGAAAGAUAUUCUUGAAGAAAUAAAUCUUAGAAUAGUAGGUGACAUUUAAUUUCACUUGUUUAGGAGACAAAAGGAAUGUAAAUCCAUAUUUGCAUAUUCACAGAGAAGAUUCCACAUGUUGCACUUCAAACUUAACACCUCUAGGAGUGAGGUCCUCAGCAACACAGCUGUCAUGGUGUAGAAGCAGAAAAGGCUGCUGCUGCUGCUCAGGUCAUUGCUCUUUUUCAUACUUCAGCAGCACCCCGUCUCCCGCUUUGAAGGGAGGUAAGA